UUGUAAGAAAGAACCACAUUGUAGAUUUCCAGUCAAACUACCUUACUAUAAACAAGUUUCAACUUCCCAGAACGAGAAUUCCUGUAGUUUUUCUAUGAGAUGAAACUCUGGACAUCACAGCACGUCUUUCAGCAYUGCUGGGAGAGAGUCACUCAAGCGGCAUGGAGAAAGUAUCCCAAUGAGCUAAAUCCAGGAGUGAAAACCAUAGACAUACUUGACAGAUAUGUCGACAGUGAAGGCAAGCUUCAUACCARGCGUUUAAUAGGAACAGAUGGAUUUUUACCAUCGUGGGUUAAUAGGAUGUUUGGUUUGGACGAUCUUGCUUAUGCCAUAGAGGAAUCAGUUAUAGAUCCACAAGCAAAGACAAUGGAAUUGAACAGUAGGAAUUGGUCUUUAUCAAACUGGUGUACUGUGGAGGAAAAACUAGUUUAUUCUCAAGAUCCAGUGAUGGAAGAAGUAACAAAUCUCCAACAAGAAGCUGUUAUCACAGUGUUUGGAAUAAGUUUUGGAGAACACUGUGAAAACUUGAUUAAAACAACCAUGGCAAAUAAUGCAGGAAAGGGCAGACAAGCAAUGGAAAAUGUCCUAGCAAUAAUCAACAAAGAAGUACAAGAAAUUGCCAGCAACUUAGAGCAAGCUACUCUUAGAAUCAACACAGAGCUUGAGCAUGCAAAACAAGGACUUGAACAUGCCAUUUUCUGUGAAAAAUUCACUACUGAGAUAACUACUACUGGGUAGUAGGCUUGUUAUCACUCAUUAAAAAACAAAAAAGUAUUUAAAUCAUCAAAUAUCAAAAUAGUCAUUGUACUAUAAAUAUCACUAGAGCAUAAGGAUGUUGCUUUGUGGGGGUGUCUUGAUGUGCAGUAUGGUCAUUUCUGUGCAAGAUCAUUGAUCAGAAACAAUCAUGUGGCACAAUAAGACAACUUUUCCCAUGAUGAAUAGCCAUUUAUGCAUUCUAGUGAUUUUAAUGUUUUAUAGAAUUUCCUUUGCACAGAAGAUUCAUAAUGAUAACUGGUUUCUAUUCAGCAUUUUUGCUGUUUUUUUAUUAUACUUCUCUUUUAAAUUUGUUUCUUUUGGGUGUGUUUAAAUUCAUUGUUAUCUAGCUUCUAUAUGAUAUUACAGUCUGUGAURAUUUCAUAGUCACAUGAAAACAAGUAAAUGAAAAAACUUUCUGAGUACUUUGAACAGCAAUAAUUUUGUAAAGUGUGUUUUUACAUUCAUUURCAUAGGUAUUUAAUAUGUUAUUUAUUAUUUGACAAAUAACAAAGCAAAGUACAUUUUGAUAAUAAAAGUGGCUUAAUUGGA